CUUCUUCAAGUUCCGACAAUUACUUAAUCAUUUUAAGAUAAAUGUGAGAUAUUUACUGUAAAAUUUAUUAAUCUCGUGUAUUCCAAUUUUAGACAAUAUACCCUGAAUAAGAAAUCGAAUUAUAGAUUUACCUUUUUACUAAUUUUAAAGUUGCCUGUAAGCUAUACUAUAGUAGUAAAUUAUUUUAAAAAAUGAUUUCGAGACAGAUAAGCAGAUUUUUUCACAACACUUCUCUUUUAUGGAACGUUAACAAGUCAGAUUUAGCUAAGCUACGCAAAAAAACUGGUUAUACAUUCGCAAAUUGUAAAAAGGCCCUUGAAUUGAAUAAUAAUGUGGAAGAAGCCGAAAAAUGGUUAAAAGAACAAGCUCAAAGCCUUGGAUGGUCCAAAGCGAGCAAACUGGAAGGAAGAAAGACAUCCCAGGGUUUGGUUGGUCUUUUAGUUAAAGAAAAUCGUGCAGUUAUGCUAGAAAUAAAUUGUGAAACAGAUUUUGUAGCAAGAAAUAAAAAAUUCAAAUCAUUUGUUGAUCUUUCUGUGAAUUCGUGCUUUCAUGAAGUAUCAAAGAUUAAUACUGGAUCAGAAUUGAAGAAGGUAACAGUUGCUGGUGAAGAAUUAAAGACCCUGCCAACUCCUGAAGGCAAAAGCCUUUCGGAUUUGUCUGCACUCACUAUAUCAGAAUUGGGUGAAAAUAUAAAUUUGAGGAGGGCAAUUUACGUUACCUGCCCGGAAGGCAUACAGCUCGCCUCAUACGCUCAUCCUAAUAAUAAUAAUACUACAAAUGUUCUAACUGGAAAAUAUGGUGCAAUAAUAGCCUAUGUUGCUGAUUCCUACGAUGCUCAAAGGCAGGAGUGGGCUAUGCAGUUAUGUCAGCAUGUUGUUGGGAUGAAUCCAAAAACAGUUGGAAUCAUGGGAGAAGAUGAACCAGCUGUGGAUAAGGAUGAUGAAUUAACUAUGAUUCAUCAAGAAUUUCUUCUGGAUCCGGAGCUCACUGUGAGCCAGUUUCUCGCUAAUUCUGGCAUAAAAAUUGUUGACUUUGUCAGGAUUGAAUGCGGGGAACCUCUAGAGGCUGUCGAGGAACCAGUUCCAAUAAAAGCUGUAGGAUGAAUAGUGUUUAAAAAUAAAUAUUUAAUGUUAUCGUUAAUUAAGUUGUUUUUUAGAUGUAUAUGUUACCUGUUACUAAAAGAUUUCUUCUUAAAACAUAUGUCUUUAAAAAUGAUUAUUUAUUAUUUUGAAUAAUUUUUUCUUGUACAGAUUUUUGUUGAUUUUUAAAAAUAAAAACUGAAAAUAUAUAAUUAUUGAUUAAUUUGUUUUU